AUGCCCGUCACUGUCAAGCCAUCACCUGAGCUCGUCGGGCGCAAUAGCGACAUGACGGCUCACUCAGCAGAAGAAUUACUGAAGAAGACAUCUGAAGCCUGGUCACCCCCAUACCAGCGCAGCGAUUGGAGGACGGGCAAAACAGUAGAGCCAGAAAAUCGACCCAUAAUUCAGUCGUCAUUUGGCGACCUCGAUCAUGCUACCGCGGUCAUCCCAUAUGGUAACGGUAUGGUCAACGGCAUCAUCCGCGCGUUCCAGCAAGAUCUUCAUCUGGUCUUGCGACCCGACGACGUCUGGCUUUCAAUUCUCACACAGUUCAGCAUGUUUGUCAACGCCAAUGCGGAACAGUUACGAGCACACUUCGUUGACCAUGAAGGCAAAAAGAAGCUCUCCAUCGAUGUUCGUCCAUAUCCAAUCUGGGAUGUUGAAAUGGGCAAAUUCGCGCAGGAGAUGACUCUCCUGAUUGAGAAGAACGUUGUGGACCUCAAGCUCAGAAAUUGGAUCAUUCCGAACUUCAGUACCACGACCAACAACGAUAAGUCAGUCGCCUCCGUAGUCAUGAUGGGUACGUUGCAGAAAUACUUUGAAUACAGUUUUAUGUGUGGUUGUGGAUUUCCGUCAGUUACACUUCUGGGUGAGAGGGCCGACUGGGAGGAGAUCUUGCGCAGAGUCCGAAAGCUACCGAAGUAUGGCAGCCAGCCUACAGAGUGGAGUCUGCUACUCAUACCUAUCAUCAAGCUUAUGGUAAAAUCUUUCGAUCAGCCAGACUCGCAGCAGGUGAAAGAUUUCUGGCUCCGAGCCUGUCACUCUGCUGGCCAGGAUGGCUCUUUGGAAAUCGAGACCAUGUCCGGUUGGAUCACAGCGUUCUGCUUCUGGUCCGAGGAUGGCACUCGCAUGAUGAAUUACUCGGACGAGGCUCUUCAGGGAGGUAGAAGUAUGGUUCCACUCGCCGAUCGUAAACGACUGGUCUUGGACAAUACUGCUUAUCCGAUAAUCCGCCGCAGUGGAAUUCCGAAUGGGGUCGUGUCGGUUCCUGUUAUCAUUCGAGACGAUGCCGCUGAACUUGUAUAUAAAACUACGAUGGUGGCAGGCUCAGUGGGAAUGACCGCCACAGCGGCCGGUGGUGGAGAGGGUCUGACAACAGUUCAACCCAGAUCGGGGUGGUGGAUGUUGCAGGAUUCAGUCAAGCCAAUUGAGUUUGAUGGGUAG